AAAAACAAGAAGUAGCUAUGGCUCGUACCAGGAGCAAAAAAAAGACACAGAAGAAUAACAAUCCCGAAAGAAGAUCGCAAAAAAAAACUGUUGGACCAAAAAAGAAAAUACUAGUAUCUAGGUGCUCGCCAUGUUGCGUGGCUUCAGUUAUGAAGCAAUUAGACUCAGGCGCGGGUAGAGAGAAACUAAUGGAGGUGCAGAACAUGGGACUUGGCUGGCUGCAAUAUGUGCCUGAAUGGGCUGUCAACCAAGAUAUGAUGGUUGCAUUAGCAUCAUCAUAUAAUCGGGAUGAGAAUUCCUUGAUCGUCGGAACAAGAAAAAUUCCCAUAUCAGUUGAAUUAAUUGCACGGUGUUUUGGACUACCGAACCAUGGGGAUAGUUUCAAAAGUCCAAAAACAGCAGCAGAGCACCGAGUUGUUAACAGCUUCACAGGAAAGACACAAGCAGAUUUGAAAAGGGAUGUUAUCACAUGCUCGAUACAGUCCGAUGUCGAUAGAAUGAACUUUCGGAGAUAGUUCAUCAUGUUGAUAGCCAAGUGUUUCUUCUUUCCCUCGCCGAAAGCCACUGUUUCAGACAUACAUAUACGCGCUGCCAUUGAUGUAUCGAACCCAAGGAAGAUGUAUUGGGCGAGGUACAUUUAUGAUUUUUUAAUUGAAGGAGUUCUGAGGUUUCAGGAUGUAGGGAAGAAAACAGUUGAUGGAUGUAUGUUCGCAUUAUUGAUUAUAUAUCUCCAUGCUAACAAGCAUGGAGAUUUAGGAAGAUAUAAUGGGAGAGAACCGUGGAUCAGAGACUGGUCGCUUGUUGAUCUGAAGAAGAUGGAUGAAGAGGAAAGCACAUCUCACUCGGGGCUUCUAAAUUUAAUUGGAAAGAUGUAUGGGUCAUCGAAAAAGCACAAUCGUGUAUCAAAGAGAAGAUGCAUCAAGAAAAAAACAAAGUCUGAUAGAAAGACUCGUAAAGAAGCUCCCACGGUAGAUGAAAACGAGACCGACAUACCGGCUGACAAUGAAUCACUUGCUGGAUUUGAUCAACAACCUUCCAAAAAAAGGCAAUUCAAAGAUUUAUUACUUUUGUUAUAAACUUUUAUUGCUCUAACCUGUGUCUUUUUAAUAUUAUUAUAGUAUAAAUAAAUAUCUUUUAGAUUUUGUGUCUUUUUAAUCAUAUAUAAAGUUUUACCAUGUAUAGAGUAAUUCAUUAUUUAUCUAAUUUUAGAAGUGUGAUAUUGAUGCUGUAGUUGGUAAAUCUAUAUUUUAAAAACUGUUGGAGAUACUUAUUUUGAGCAUGGCAA